UGUGUGUAUUGUUUUCCUCUUUGUACUGUAGCGUAUGAAAAUGGACUUUUCAUACUUUGUGGAAUAGUUCAAAAAAGAAAGGUAUGGUAUUGAUGUUUGAAGAAACAGAGCGCGAGAGUUUUUUUUUUGUUGUCGUGAAAUUGAAGCCAUCGUCGCUCUUUUAAGCUUCUGAGCCAAAAAGAAAGAGGAGGGGGAAAGGGAUGUCAAAUUUGGGUCUGACAAUUGGGUUAUUACUAUUGUUGAUUCUGUUAAUUAAUUCAAGUUUAGAAGCUGUUGCUGUUGUUGAUGAUUAUACAAGAGAUGAUUUUCCACCCACUUUUGUUUUUGGAUCUGCCACAACUGCUUAUCAGGUAGAGGGAGCAGCUUUUGAAGAUGGAAGAACGCCAAGCAUUUGGGAUACUUUUGCCCAUUCUGUUGAUGGACCUGGAGGAAAUGGUGACGUGGCAUGUGAUCAAUACCACAAAUAUAAGGAAGAUGUGAAAUUGAUGGUGGAUGUUGGACUUGAUGCUUAUAGAUUUUCCAUCUCUUGGUCAAGACUUAUUCCAAAUGGAAGAGGACCCAUAAACCCAAAGGGCUUAGAAUAUUACAACAAUCUCAUCAAUGAACUUAUCAACCAUGGAAUUCAACCCCAUGUAACGUUGCAUAACUUUGAUCUCCCACAAGCACUUGAAGAUGAAUAUGGGGGAUGGGUCAGUCCAAAAAUUAUAGAAGAUUUCAAGGCAUAUGCAGAAGUGUGUUUUAGAGAAUUUGGAGAUAGGGUGCUGCAUUGGACAACUGUAAAUGAGGCUAAUGUGUUUGCAUUGGGAGGAUAUGACAUGGGGUUUGUGCCACCAAAUAGAUGUUCAUUUCCAUUUGGUACAAGGAAUUGCUCUAAAGGAAACUCCUCAACUGAGCCUUAUUUGGCUAUGCAUCAUUGUCUUUUGGCUCAUGCAUCAGCUGCAGCUUUGUAUAACACAAACUACAAGGACAAACAACAUGGUUUUGUUGGGAUCAGUGUCUAUCUGCUUCGGUUUGUUCCUUUGACUGACUCUAAGGAAGACGCAAAAGCUGUUGAAAGAGCCUAUGAGUUUCUUCUCAAUUGGAUGCUUCAUCCACUGGUGUUUGGUGAGUAUCCGAAGUUGAUGAUAAAAAAUGUAGGUUCAAAAUUGCCAAUUUUCACAAGGGCUGAGAGUAGUCUUGUGAAGGGAUCUGCCGAUUUCAUUGGGAUCAUACAUUACCAAAAUUGGCGUGUCAAGGAUGAUCCUCAAAGCCUGAUGCUGCAAAUUAGAGACCCUAGAGCUGAUAUGGGAGCAAAGAUAAUGAUGUUGAAGGAAAAUGUCACAGCCCCUGAGAGCCUGCAAAUUAUGAUAGAGUACUUGAAGGAAGUUUAUGGAAACCCUCCGACUUAUAUCUACGAAAAUGGUCUUCCAAUGAAGAGAAGCUCAGAAUUAGAAGAUGUGCCAAGAGUGGAAUAUAUGCAUAGCUAUAUUGGUGCAGUUCUUGAUGCUUUGAGGAAUGGAUCGAAUGUAAAAGGAUAUUUCACAUGGUCAUUUCUCGACCUAUUUGAAUUAUUAGAUGGAUAUCAUUCAAGUUAUGGAUUAUUCUAUGUAGACUUGGAUGAUCCAAAUUUGAAACGAUAUCCUAAACUCUCAGCUAAGUGGUAUUCUAACUUUUUGAAAAGGAAGACUACUAUUUCAAACGGAGUUCUCGAGCUCAAUAACAAUCCAAGCGCUCUUACUUCUUAAUCAUACAUACCAUGUAAUGAAUAACAUACUUUUUGAAUAAAUAUUCAAGUGUAAGGUACUAGAUAGACAUUGAUGCGACAAAAAUUAUAUGAAGUGCUCCAUUUUCACUUAUGUUUGGUUGAAUAAGUGCUUCAAUGUUAGGACAAUUAUUCUUUUAUAAUGUAAGAUGAAUAUUGUUGGUAUUUAUUACAUAGUAUUUUUAACUUA